AUGUCAUUGAGAAAAGGAGUUUCAAAAAGACAUUUUAUACCAAUACAAUUACUUUAUCAUGUCUCUAAUUCAUCAUAUGCGAUAACAGAUCAUCAUAAAUUAAAUCCAAUAUUUAAAGGUACACAUGAACAGAUAAAAAACAUAAUUGAUAUGAAGGCUAAACACUGGAAAAUAUGCUCAGUAACUGAUCUUGUUUAUAAUCAUGCAGCUAAUGAUUGUGCUUUAUUUCGAAAUCAUCCAGAAGCUGCUCCCAAUCUUGUUACUUCUCGACACUGA